GACGAAAUGGCUAGAUCCCAGGGGAGUCCCCUGUGCGGUCACGUGGCCAUGGUGACCGGAGGCGGAGGCGUUAUUGGCGAAGCGAUUUGCCAUGCAUUAGCCGAGAAAGGAGCUCAGGUGAUCGUCGCUGACAUCAAUAUGGCUGCUGCCCAGGCCGUGGUGAGCGGUCUUCCAGCGGUGAACGAUCUUCAGAAACACGUUGCGAUGCACGUGGAUGUUGUGGACUCGUCGUCGGUGCAGUCUACAUUUGCCGCCAUCCAAGAAGUCUACGGCAAGGCAGCUAGCAUUAUGGUGAACUGCGCUGGUACUGGAGCAACAUUCACUUCGAUUACCGAUACAAGCGAAGAUAUGUUUGACCGAACCGUCAGCGUUAACCUGAAGGGCACAUUCCUGAUGACCCAAGCUGCAGUUCGAGAUAUGCUAGCCGGAGGGGUGACCGAUGGGGUCGUGGUCAACAUAGCCAGUAUUGUCGCCAAGACGGCUCCAAAAGGAUUCAGCAGCUACGUCGCCUCCAAGGCCGGCAUCGUUGGCCUCACCAGGUCUGUGGCCCUGGAUCUUGCCGACAAGAGAAUCCGGUGCAACGCUGUGCUGCCAGGGUUCACCGCCAACACCCCGGUAACAAGCAGGAUAACCGAGGAGCAAAGGGAGAUGAUUGUGGCCCAAGUUCCUCUCGGACGUGCCGCCCAGCCCCGAGAGGUCGCCGAUGUCGUCGCUUUUCUCUGCUCGCCCGAGAGCUCGUACAUGACUGGAGCCGCGGUAGAAGUGGCUGGGGGCCGAUCUUAA